AAAAAUUAGUCUCGUCUGAUCGUAUGGAAAGAAAAAAAGAAGAGAAAAAUUAGUCUCAGUUUCGCCAAAAAAUGAUGCUGUCUUGGUUUACUUCCUGACAUCUGAUCCGAGGCCCGUGUCCAACACUAGUAAUCAGACUGGUAGUACGUCCAAGGCCGGAAGAAUUGAAGAGGUAGACAAUACGGAAGGAACAUCCGUAGUAAGUCAAACUCACAAGAGACCUUGAAAAGUAAAUUUUGUGAUUCUACAAACUCGACAAAAAUCAUCGUUGCUGAUUGGUGUUAUAUAGAUUCUCAGAAGAACAGCAGACAGCGCAACAGCAAAGUCGUACGUUCAAUGGAUGGUCGAUCCGCCUCGUCGUUUCAUUCAUUCCAGCCUCGGCUCGCGACAAGCCGGUGGCCCGCCCGGAUGCCGCUCCUCGCGAUGCUUCCUCUCAUCCUCGUCGCUGCCCUGCUCUCCUUCGCCGCCGGCCCAGUAGCAUGCGCCCAUCCUCUGGACCCCUUCUCCCCCGCGGAGCUCACCGCCAUCCGCGCCGCCGUGCUCGCCUCGCCGCUCGUCCCCGCGCGCCCGCUCACCUUCCACUACGUCGGCCUCGACGACCCCGACAAGCCCGCUCUCAUAUCCUACGCCAACAACAACAACGCCUCCGCCAUCAUCCCGCGCCGGGCGCUCGUCAUCGCGCGCGCCGGGGGGGAAUCGCACGAGCUCCUCGUCUCCGUCUCCGGCUUCUCGUCCUCCGCCUCCGUCAUCUCGCACGCGGUGCACCGCGGGGCCGGCUUCCCGACGCUGACGCUGGAGGAGCAGUUCGCGGCGGUGGCGCUGCCGCCGAGGCACCCGCCGUUCGUGGAGUCCGUGCGCGCGCGCGGCGUGGACAUGGACGACGUGCUCUGCGCCGUGUUCCCCGUCGGGUGGUUCGGCGGGGAUGAUCCCUCAGUGCGGCAGCGGAGGGUGGUGAAGCUGCUGUGCUUCGUGGCCGGCGCGGACACGGCCAACUUCUACGCGCGGCCGAUCGAGGGCGUGACGCUGGUGGUGGACCUCGACCGGAUGGCCAUCGUCGGGUAUAGGGACCGGGUGGAGUACCCGGUGCCCAAGGCCGAGGGGACGGACUACCGGUGGGCCGGCCAUGUCGGGCCGCCGGCUCCCGGCGCAGUGGGACAGCAGCCGGAAGGCAGGGGCUUCCGCAUUGACGGACACCUAGUCAGGUGGGCCGACUGGGAGUUCCACGUGGGCUUCGACAUGCGCGCCGGCACGGUCAUCUCGCUGGCCUCGAUCCACGACGCCGCCCUCCAGGGGGGCACGCGGCGGCGGCGGCCGGUGCUGUACCGCGGGUUCGUGUCGGAGGUGUUCGUGCCGUACAUGGACCCGGCGGAGGAGUGGUACUACCGCACGUUCCUGGACGCCGGCGAGUACGGCCUCGGCCUCUGGGCCUUCCCUCUCCAGCCCGGCGCCGACUGCCCCCACGGCGCCGCCUACCUCGACGGCUACUACGCCGGCCAGGACGGCAUGCCCGUCCAGAACAAGAACAUGAUCUGCGUCUUCGAGCGGCGCGGCGCCGGGGACGUCGCGUGGCGCCACACCGAGGCCGGCUUUCCCAACCGACUGAUCACGGAGGUCUGGCCGGACGUGAGCUUGGUGGUGAGGAUGGUGGUGUCGGCCGGGAACUAUGACUACAUCCUUGACUGGGAGUUCAAGACCAGCGGCUCCAUCAAGGUCACGGUGUCUCUGACGGGUCUCCUGGAGGUGAAGGGGACGGGGUACACGCACAAGGACCAAAUCCCGCCGUCAGAAGACGCGCACGGGACGCUGGUGGCAGAGAACACAAUCGCCGUGUACCACGACCACUUCGUCACGUACCACCUAGACCUCGACGUCGAUGGCACGCGCAACUCCUUUGUCAAGAACACCAUCACCACCACCAAAAACAACGGCACAACAACACCGAGGAAGAGCUACUGGACGGUGCGCCGGGAGGUGGCCGAAACCGAAACAGACGCCCAAAUUGACCUUAACGCCGGCGCGCCGGCAGACCUUCUGGUCGUGAACCCGGGCAAGCGGACGAGGAUGGGGAACGAGGCCGGGUACCGCGUGAUCCCCGACGGCGCGACCGCGGCGUCGGUGAUGGCCGACGACGACUUCCCGCAGCGGCGCGCGAGCUACUGCAAGAAGCAGGUGCGGGUGACGCCGUAUAACAAGUCGGAGAAGUGGGCGCCCGGGGUUUACGCCGACCAGAGCACCGGGGACGACGGGCUCGGCGUAUGGAGUGGGAGGGAUAGAAGUGUCCGGGACGAGGACAUCGUGCUGUGGUACACCGUGGGCGUCCACCAUAUACCUUACCAGGAGGACUUCCCCGUGAUGCCCACCGUCAGCGGCGGGUUCGAGCUCCGCCCGGCUAACUUCUUCGACCGGAACCCGCUGCUGCUCGGGGCGAGUCCGCCGCCGGCUACUACUAGCCGUCGUCGUGGCCAGCAGGCGGCUCCCGUGAACUGCUCGUGCACCGGUGGUUGAUUCCAGCUGAAUUAUUAUCACAUGUGUAAUCCAAAUCUGUGUGCGAGUCAAAAUCUGCCCCGACACAAAUCGAUGCGUUUGGCAAGUAAACGGAGGAAACAAA